CAAGUCGGAUCACUUUCAUGGGAGUUGCCAAGCUACAGGUACGCCACACAGUGAGGCUGACGUGGGAGGGCAAACCAUUUUAGCUUGCUAUCUAGCUAUACUCCUGGUGAAAAAACGGACACAUGCAGCUUUUUAGAGCGUGUCUAUACAGAUAAAGUAUGGAGAGGGGCCACGGAGAUUCACCUGCCAGGCGUAACGCCAGGAGCAAAAGGGAUCGAAAGGCUAACUUGAAGCCGUCGCAGCCUUUAGAUCAGCCUACUUCAAACGAGAGUACUGCCCCACAGACAAGUAACAGCACCUCUUCAGUAUCAUCAAUAAGUGACGAUGACAAGGAAUCCAAGAUUCUGCUCCUGCAGGCAGAGGGAGAUGCAGCAUUCCACAGCAGGGAGUACCACAAGGCAGUGGACCUGUACUCCAGGGCGCUGGACCUACAGUCGGACGUGUACGAGAUACGCGCCUGUCGCACUGCCGCGUACAUCCAGCUGGAGGACUACAAAAAUGCAGAGGCAGACGCUCAACAGCUGAUCAGCUUCAAGCCUAAACUUCCCCAAAACUAUUACCUGCUGGCGAUCUCCCAGGCCCACCAGGACAGACAUGAGGAGGCUCUGGGCUCGUUUCUGCAGUGUAUGGACCUGGACCCAGAACACAGGGACCAGCUCAUGGAGUAUGUCGUCAGUAUGGCCGCACACGUCUGUCGACUGGGGGACAGCUCAGUACAGAAGUUCAUGGAGAUGAAGCCAGUAGCUGCCCUGCAUGAGCUUGGACAGACCCUGCACUACUGUGGCAUGCCUGCCCUGUGUGUGCAGAUGUUGGAGUCUGCACUCAGGAUUCCCACAGAAGACACAGACAUAGUCACCAAGGUGUACCUGUCAUUGGGGGAUGCUCACACAGCUGUACGCCAAGGAAGCAAGGCCAAAUUUUUCUAUGAACAGUGUCUGUCUGCAGCACUCAAGGCUGAUAAUGUAGUGCUUGAAACGAAGGCAUAUGUAAACCUGGCCAGUCUGUGUGAGCAGGAGGGACAGGUGUAUGAGGCUAUCAUGUACUACAUCAAACUACUGACUGUCGGGGAUGACAUUCGCGCCAGCUUGGACGACGAGAAAAAGUUUCGUGACUACUGGUCUAUUGAGCUAGAGCGGGGAAUCCAUCUUAACCUUAGCAUUGCUUACAAGAAGAUCAGGCAGUUUGCCAAGGCACUGCAUCAUGGAAAGGACUACAUGAAGCUCAUCGAGUCCUCCAACCAACCAGAGCAAAUGAGACAAGCCCAUUACCACAUGGCUACUCUGUACGAGGCUGGGCAAGACUACAAGCAGGCCCUCGCACAGUACAACUCCUUCCUCUCCCUUUGUAAGGAGGCCAAUGAUGAGGCGUCCACGGCGCUUGCCCACGGCUGCCUGGGAAACUUGUACGUCUCUGUGUGUGACUACAAACAGGCACUGCUACACCACGAGGAGCAGCUGGACCUGAUGGAAAAGGAGGACAACGUCGGGGCUCAGAUGAUGGCACACCUGCACCUGGCAGAAGUUCUGAUGAAGACAGAAGAGUUUGAGGACGCACGGAUCCACCUACAGGAGUCCUUACAGCUGUGUAGGGAGUUAGACCAGCCGGAGUUGGAGUGCAGGACCUUGCAACUUGGCGACCUGUUCUCGGAACAAGGUCGUCACCAGCACGCCCUGUACUACUACGAACAAGCGCAGACUCUUGUGGAAGAUGAAGACCAGCCAGACCUUCAUACCAUCUGCCAGUUUCACGUGGCACACAUGAGCCAGUUCUCAACUUCACUCAAGGAACUGGAGACAGCAAGAAGAACAUUUGAAGAACUCAUCCCUGUCUAUGAGGACCAGGCACGCAGAUGUGAUGAGGAGGAAGUGGAGCUACCUGAGGAUCUGGGCAGGUCCCUUCAGCUGGCAUAUGAUGGUAUGCUGUCCUCUCUCAGCAAACUCGGCAACACAGACCAGGCUUUGGAGUACACCGAAUGCCACAGGAGACAAAACCUGCUGUGGACACUGAAUGUCCGACCACAGAUCCCGGACUGUUCCAAGCUUUUUGAGGACCCCGGCUCACUGUCCAGCUUAGUGAGCAGAUUUGAUCCACUCAAGAUUCAGCAACUCUUUGACAUCGUCAACGUAACAAACAAGACAGUCCUGUACUACUCUGUGGUCAAUGAUUCCCUGUUACUGUGGGUGCUUCAGCCUGGGAAAGGUGUUGCAAGGUUCUACAAGUCCUCCACCAAAGAGAACCUCGUGGAGAAGUGCAGAAGUUGCAUCACACUCAUCAGGACAGUUGAGGGGAAGUCCAGCCCAUGCUACGACAUUGAAAACAGAGCGCUUCCUAGGAAGGAGGCAGAAGUGUAUGAAAUCAAGAAGGCAAACCUCCGGGCCUCACAGUUGAAGAAAGACUUCAGGAAGGAACUCGAGGAGGAAGUUGAAGAGGGUUCAAAGAAAACGGAGCCGCCAAGAAUGCCAUUUAAGGAACUGUACAAUGUUCUCAUAGCUCCUGUCGAGGACCUUCUCUCAGCCCUCCCGCUUCAGAGUGACCUUGUCAUCGUCCCUGACAAAGAUCUCUUGCAGGUGCCCUUUGACCUCCUGAAGGACUUCAAACAGAGAAACCUGAGUGAGAGGUUUCAGAUCACCAUUGUGCCCUGUCUGUAUGUCCUGGAGGUGGCUUUUCUGGGGAUCCAGUCUGUCAGAAAGCCAGGCGCAGCUUCCACCAGGCCGCAGGAGAAGUCUGUCAUCAUGGCUACAGCAUCCACUGGCAGUAUCAUGGUGACUAAGACCAGAGGAGAUCAGUCCACCAUUACAUACACAAGGAGCAAGGAUCCAGGGAAAGGCCUGUUGGAGAUUCCAUCCACACGUGAGGGGAGGCCAGACCUGGAGAGGGAGGGGCUCAAGAGGAUGAAGCUACUGAACACCAUCAAUAAACUGGUCACAAAGACCUCUACAGGGCAGCAGAUCACCACGUCAUCCUCCUUUGUGACAGAGUUCCGGCAGUUGAGUGGGCAGGAGUACACCCUGGUGGUGGGAAACCCCUCCCUGCCACAGGUCACCCUGUUUGGGAGGACGUGGAAGCCGUUCCAGCAGCUGAACGUGGCAGAUAAGGAGGCCUCUAAGGUGGCAGACUACCUGGGAACAGAGGCACUGACUGGAGAAGAGGCCACCAAAGAGAUGGUCAUGGCUGUCCUACCAGGGGCUACAGUUGUUCACAUAGCCACCUUUGGUAGUUGGGAGGAGGGUAUCCUGGCCUUGUCGCCCAACCCCGACCACCUACAGGACGGCCCGCCGACACAGAACAGGUACAUCCUCACACCUGAUGACAUCCUGAACCAGAAGGUGUCGGCCAAACUCGUGGUGCUCAGUGGUUGCCAUGGAGAUGACUUCCGCGGCACUCUGGAUCUACAGCUGAAGUUACCAACUUGUCUCCUGGCUGCAGGGGCUAAGUGUGUCCUGACACAGCGGUGGCCAGUGCCCAACAUAGUGACCAGCUUGUUCUACCACCACUUCUACCAGGCAUUGCAGAAAAAUGCCAGGGUCACCAAUGCCAUGAAGGUCGCAAAGGACAAGGUCAAAGCUGAUGAUAGAUUCAGUGCCCCUGUGUAUUGGUGCACCUUUGUGCUGAUUGGUCAGGAUGUGGAGGUUGACCUGGGUCAGAUCAAGCGUGCCAUGCUGGACCAGACCAUGGAUAAGGUGGAGGAUGUGGAGGAUCUCCUCAAUCCAAAACCACUCACUCCUGAGGCUGCCAGUAAAGAGACCUUACUGUACAGGCUUCAGGCCUGCGUCUCAGUUCUACUGUCUCACUCCAAAGAACACACGGAUACUGUACCAACUCUCCUGCAGAUGAUUGGAGAUGCUAUUGACCUCCUGGAUGCUACAGAGUACCGUCAGCCCCCCGUGCGGCUGCCUGACCAUGUGGUGGCCACCCCGGGCGCCCUCCCCCUCCUGUCACUGCUGGGGUUUGACUUCCAGCCCCGCGGAGCACAUGUGGAGCAGCCCUACAUCCUGUUCCCCCACUGGAACCAGGGGAAACUGCUGCUGCCCUCGUAUGAGUCACUGACUGCUGCUAUCGAUAUCAUUUCCAACCACCGGUGCACACAGUGCAUCUCAGAGAUCCUGCCCACUACAGAAGAUAUCCUGUGUCAGCUGAUUGACAUGCUGAGCCUCACGCUGCACUCUCCGGAGCUGCAGCUGAGGGUGGGGGACAGCGGCGUCCAGCCGCUCUGGGCCAGGGGGUCCGCCACACGACAGCUGCUGUCAGCACUGGGGUUCACACAGAUUGGACCGCUCCUGGUGUUUAACAAGGUGGCCAGCAACAGGGUCCUGCUGACAGCCACCCUGCACAUGUUAUGUGCCAUGUCUGUCACUAAGUCCUCAGGCAUGGUCCACAAACUGGACGUGUCCCAGCUGGCCACAUCACAGCUCACCACUGCUGCAACAAGAGAGACCAGCAGGGCAACUCCCGCCAUCGGCGCGAAGGAGCUGCCGUCCCUACGACCCGUCCUCCUGCCGCGGAACCAGCUGAACGUGUCGGCCACCUGGAUGUCUGAGAAGGAGAAGCCGUCAGCCGUCAGGCACAAGAUGCGGCUGUCUCAGCAGCUGCAGGGGAUCCAGGCGGACUACAGGCGCUACAUGAGCCGCACCGUGCAGUGGCACAGCGAACUGCUCACCGCUCAGGCCAAUGAGAGCCUGGCACAGAUCGGGAAAAUCCCUCGUAACCCCGAGAAGGUCAAGGUCAUCGCCGGAUCCACGCCCUCCAUGGAGAGAACACCAGUGGACCUAGAGCCGACCCUUGACCUGGAGGGGGUGGAGCAGAGACGGGACUACUCCAACUACGUCCUGCACCGGCGGUGUGAGAACAUCGCUGACCUGCACAGGGACUCCCUCAGGAAACUCUACCUGCCGUUCCUGGAGACUGAGAGGAAAACUAAAGGACUGGGGACCCGGGGGAAGAACACACACUCGUAGUCAUGUCAAACCAACCAUGUAUUUUCCU